AACUGUUCACUAUAUCGGGGAGAUGUUGUGUAAGCGGCCGGAUAGCUCAGUCGGUAGAGCCGCGGUACGGUAUUCCGUGGGUCCCGGGUUGAGUCCCGGUCAGGCUGCACAAUUUGUCUCACCCUUAGACAUUGGCGCCCAACGGGGGGACUUGGCCUGCCAUAACGCUGGAGUAACUUAUGGGUCGAUAAUUCCGGGGAUGAACGUUGAGCGGUGUUCAGUCAGCCAUUUUAUGUACAUGUAUACAUGUUGGAAUGCAGGAUGUAUUGGUGGAAUAUCUGUUAUUGAACUGGUUAUUUUAUUGUGUCACUGGUCAUCUUGAAGAAUCACAGUUGAAAAGUUGUUCAUCUUGGCAGAAGGACCUAGCAUGUUUCUGUAUUUACAGUACUUUUCUGGUGAUUGGUAAAGAUAGCGUGAUCAGAAGGGGUUGUGGGGGCCUGAUUUUACCGAUGACAUUAUUCCGAAGUACAUGGUCCACUAUGACGUUAAAUAUGACAUUGACACAUAAAGGAGAACGCAUGAUAGCUGUGAUUUAACUGUCAAACACCCGAGACACAACCAACAUUUACUGGAAGGACUCCCUUACUUUUAAGUUAAAACAUUGCUAUAAACCACUAUGGAUGUAUCAAAUAAAGAUCCUGCUAAUUUAACAUACAUUUUUGAGUUUGAAAAAAAAUUCCAAGUUGAAAAGUUUGAUGACUACAUGCGAAGAAACUGGAAAGAUUGUUUCAUAUAUUCGGCAGUUUAUCUCGUCUUCAUCUUUAGUGCCCGCUAUGUUAUGGCGAGCAAAGAAAAGUUCGAACUUAGACCGCUCCUGGUGGCUUGGAGUGGAACGUUAGCAGUGUUCAGUAUUCUAGGUGCUAUUCGUACACUACCAGAACUAAUAUGGGCGUUGUCACAUCACGGGUUCGAGUAUUCUUGCUGCAGUGGCUCAUACCUCGAUCACGGGAAAGUUUCCGCAUUUUGGACUAUGCUUUUUGUGCUAUCGAAAGUUGUCGAAUUAGGAGACACAGUUUUUAUUGUUUUAAGGAAACAACCGUUGAUAUUUCUACAUUGGUAUCAUCAUAUAACUGUGCUAAUAUAUGUAUGGUAUAGUUAUAUUGACAAGAUAGGAACUGGCAGAUAUUACGAGGUGAUGAAUUUUACCGUUCAUUCCUUCAUGUAUACAUAUUAUACUCUACGAGCUUUGAAGUUCCGUCUACCAAAAUGGAUCAGUAUGUUUAUAACAUGUCUACAACUUUGUCAAAUGAUGUUCGGCAUUUUUGUGAUUUUAGUUUCGUACAGUGUGCUGUCAGCAGGUCGAGACUGUGUUACAAGUUUUACUAACAUUAAAUACAGUCUUACCAUGUAUUCCACAUAUCUGUUACUGUUUAUGAACUUUUUCUAUACCAGUUAUAUUGCCAAGAAGUCGACAGUUCAUGAAAAGAGACAAUAAAAUUCGAUCCUCCAUAUAUCAUCAAGUGCUUGAUCAACUAUGCAAAAAGUUUAGUUUAAAUUCAUUACGGACAUUGAUUUCAAUACUUUAUUUUGCUAUAAAUCGUAAGGUGUGCAGAAUGUGAUUUCUAGAGAUCAGUCUAAACUUGUAUUGCAAAUUUAAACAUAUUGUAAAAUGUCAGCAGUAACUUAAAUAUAUAUUUAUAUUGUUCAAUAUCUAUUAAAGUUUUCAAUGAAUAAAUUUGUCAUAAAUGCUUUAUUCUCUCCUGUAUUUAACGAUAUUUUUUCAUAUCUAAAGUACAUAUUGUUAAACACGCGUAAUAAGAUAUCAGUUUAUGUUACCUUAUGCUACAAAUAGUCUUUUUAAAAUAAUUACAUGUAUUAGAAACUUUAAUCUAUCAAUAUUGAUUGAAUAUAGUAAUAUUGGAUUGAAAAUGUCAAUAAAACAUUUUAUUUAUUGGA